AGCGGGAGCCGCGGGAGGGCGAGGCCGUCCGGGUCUGGCCGCUGCCGCUUCUCGCCCGAGGUGUCCAGGCCGGGCUGCGGCUCGUCCCCGGCGUCGGGCGCCGUCUGCGAGGCUCGGCCGGGCCGGCGUGGGACAGCCGCGGGCGGCGGCCGCCGCAUCAUGUCAGCCAAGGACGAGCGGGCCAGGGAGAUCCUGAGGGGCUUCAAACUAAAUUGGAUGAACCUUCGGGAUGCGGAGACAGGGAAGAUACUGUGGCAGGGAACAGAAGACCUGUCCAUCCCAGGAGUGGAGCAUGAAGCCCGUGUUCCCAAGAAAAUCCUCAAGUGCAAGGCCGUGUCUAGAGAACUGAACUUCUCCUCAGCAGAGCAAAUGGAAAAAUUCCGCCUGGAACAAAAAGUUUACUUCAAAGGGCAAUGCCUAGAAGAAUGGUUCUUCGAGUUUGGCUUUGUGAUUCCCAACUCCACAAACACCUGGCAGUCCCUGAUAGAGGCAGCGCCAGAGUCCCAGAUGAUGCCAGCCAGCGUGCUAACUGGGAAUGUUAUCAUAGAGACAAAGUUUUUUGACGACGACCUUCUUGUAAGCACAUCCAGAGUGAGACUUUUCUACGUUUGAGAGAAGAAUGUGUGUGCAUUUCAAGAAUUUGGGUUUUGGGGGGGAAGGAGGAAAGUGUUUACUUUUUACCUCCACACUUUUGAUUUUUGACACCUCCACCCCUAAUUCCCUCCGCGGCAAAACCCACCUGGACCCCCGGGGACCAGCUCUGUGUAGUGACCGGGUGGCUUUUCCCCCCAGCCGCCAUCUUCCCCCGGCCACACUAACCCCACCCCAGGCCAGGGCAGAGGGCGCGCCUCAACUCCUCCCCGGUGCGAGCGUGGGGAGCCAACGCUCCUCGCGCCAACCGACGCUGUUCCCGCCGCCUCCCUGCCGCCUCUUGGGCUCUGCGGGUGACACAUCUUCCUUUGGCCCCUGGUUUUGGAAAAAUUUGCGUUCCCAGCCCAUGUUUAGUUUUUUCCUACAUUUCUAUUUCAUACAUUCUCAUACAUUUAACUUGUAAAAUAGACUGUGAUAUUAUUAUUACAUAAUGAAUUAAAACAUAUGAAUUAAAAGAUUCCUACAGUCUUUAGCAUGGCA